AUGAAGGUCACUAUCAAAGAGUGGAACGCCGUCGCGACCUGGCGCUGGGACAUGCCCGACGAUGAGGUCUGUGGUAUCUGCCGCGUCCAGUUCGAUGGUACCUGUCCGACCUGCAAGUUUCCCGGCGACGAUUGCUCUUUACUGCUUGGGAAAUGCGGCCAUUCCUUUCAUAUGCACUGUUUGAUGACAUGGAUCCAGCAAGAGUCCUCCAAGGGGCUCUGUCCCAUGUGCCGACAGAAAUUCGAAUGGAAACAAAAUGACGAAGAACAACAACAAGAACAACAACAAUAG